AUGGGCGUCCCAGUCGUGCUGGCCAUUGUGGUCGGCCUCGCCUGCUCGUUCAUCCAGUCGCUCGGCCUCACGAUUCAGCGCAAGUCACAUGUACAGGACGAAGCUCUCCCUCUCGAACACCGGACACGGGCCGUGCGUAGGCCCCUGUGGAUCAUCGGCUUUGCCAUCUACAUCUCGAGCAACAUCUUUGGUUCCGUCUUUCAGAUUGGCGCCCUUCCUAUCGUAGUACUCGCGCCGCUCGGCGGCGUGUCGUUGCUGUGGAACAGCGUGCUCGCUCAUGUCCUCCUCGGCGAGAGCUUCACGUCGGCCAUGCUCCUCGGCACGGUGUUCAUCGCGACCGGUGCCGUGCUCAUUGCCAUCUUUGGUGUCGUGCAGGACGGGAACCACAGCCUCGACGAACUGCUGCACCUGUGGGCGCGGGGCCCGUUCAUCGCCUUCUUCACAGUCGUGUGUCUUGCAGUCCUGCUCGUGCUGGCCGCCGCGCACAUGACUGCCUGGCGUGUGCGGCGUCGCGGGAUCCGUCUCGACGACUCGCCGAGCAACUAUGCCAGCCCGCAUAUCGAGGCUACAAUCCCCUUCCGUCCCGUUAACUCCUCACCGCGCGGGUCCAUCUCGAGCAUCAGCGGCCUCGGCCUCGGCCUCGAUGUCGGGGAGAACGCGAACGGCGUAGACAAGACUGUGCGCUUUGCUGAGCUCGACCGCCCAGAGGACCACACACUCAUGUUCUGUGGCCUCGCGUUCGCCGCAGCCAGCGGUACACUGUCGGGUCUCUGUCUCGUACUCGCCAAGUCGGCGAUCGAGCUUGUCAUCGCGACCAUCGAGUUCUGGAGCACCGGACGGGGGCAGAACGAGUUCACUCGCAUCCAGUCGUGGUUCAUGUUGGCGGGACUGGUUGCCGUCGCCGUCCUCCAGAUCUUCUAUCUCAACUUCAGCCUGACGUUCGCGUCGCCAGCGCUCAUCUGUCCCCUCGCAUUCUGCUUCUACAACCUCGCCUCGAUCUUUGACGGAUUGGUAUUCUACAACCAGUUGGACCGCCUGAGUGCACACCAGAUCGUACUCGUCUCUAUUGGCGUCGCGGUCCUCCUAGUCGGCGUGUGGGCCGUGUCCGCAGUCCAGCCCACAGGAGACGGCGGUGUCGAGGUCGGCACCUGGGCCGAGGAGGGAGACAUGGAGCAGACGUGGCUCGAGGAAGCGGUCGUCGACGAGCCCUUUGACGACGCGCACGAAGUCCUCGAGCCGGCACAUGGCGCCGUCACUGUCUCGGAUGCAGACAGCGCACAGACUCACGACCACGACCACCCAGUCAGCGCGCCAAGCGUGCGCUCUCCCCCGCCCAAGUUGACUCGGAUAGAUGCGGCGGGGGCUGCUUCAGCCAACAUCGGCACAGGCCCGUACACGGGCGCCGGCAGUCCCGUGUCUCCAACGCUGCCACGCCGCCGUCGGCCGCGAUACGGCACGCUCAUCCCCGACCUCGCGCCAAACGGCGGAAUGCCGACAGGCUUUGCGUUCGGCAUUGGCGCCGCGUCACCCGGCUUUGCGCUUCGGUCGAACAGUGUUUCCCACCGGCUGCCAGCCAUCCACCAGCGCUCCCCUUCUAUCUCCCAGCGCCCGGCUCUUCCUUCCCCUUCGCAUCGGAGAGCACGAGCACAGUCUGAGGCUGGCGACAAUAGACCCCCGCGCGCUAGAGUGCGCAUGUCCCUCCCUGCUGGACCUAACGAAGAUGUGGCUGCCACGCUGGCUGCGUGGGACGACGAGCCACCCCGCAGGACCAUUAUUGGCCGCGUCUUUGGAAGCGGCGGUGUCAAGUUGCCUUAG